GGCAGUAAGCCCCGCCCCCGUCGCCCCCCGAUUGGCUGCUGGUGGAGAAUUCCCAUUGGGGUCUAUCCCGACGUCACAGAUAAAUGUCCCGCUGGCUCCUGCUGUUGAUGUAGUCGCGUCACUGCUUUCCGCUCUGAGCAACACAGAAAGAAAAGGGCUCCCACGGCGACAGAAACAUGCACCCCGCGGUCCUCGUCGCCCUGCUCGGCCUGAGCCUCGGGCUGGCGGCUGCGUUCCCCUCACAAGAGCCAGACGGUGGCAAACACUGGGUGGUGCUCGUAGCGGGCUCCAACGGCUGGUACAACUACAGGCACCAGGCCGAUGUUUGCCAUGCCUACCAGAUUGUCCACAGGAACGGCAUCCCAGACGAGCAGAUUGUCGUCAUGAUGUAUGAUGACUUGGCGCAGAAUUCUCAAAACCCCACCCCUGGAGUAGUGAUCAACAGACCAAAUGGCACAGAUGUGUACAAGGGGGUACCUAAGGACUACAUUGGGGAGGAUGUGACCCCAGAAAACUUCCUGGCAGUGCUUAAGGGAGAUGCCUCAAAAGUCAAAGGAGGCUCUGGAAAAGUGCUGAAAAGCGGUCCCAAAGAUCAUGUGUUUGUGUACUUCACUGAUCACGGGGCACCUGGUAUUCUGGCCUUUCCUGAUUCUGAGCUCAAUGUAAAAGAUCUCCAAAACACCAUUAAAUACAUGCAUGACAACAAGAAAUACAAAAAGAUGGUGCUCUACAUUGAGGCAUGUGAGUCUGGGUCAAUGAUGACCGACCUGCCUAAAAACAUUAACGUGUACGCCACCACAGCCGCCAACGCCGAGGAGUCCUCUUACGCCUGCUACUACGACGAGCGGAGGGAGACGUAUUUGGGCGACUGGUACAGUGUGAACUGGAUGGAGGACUCUGAUGUGGAGGACCUGACAACAGAAACUCUGCUGAAGCAGUUUCGCAUUGUAAAGAGUCGCACAAACACCAGCCACGUCCAGCAGUUUGGCAACCAGACACUGGCGCACAUGAAGGUGGUCCAGUUUCAGGGUAAUCACAAAGCAGGCAGCCCACCUGUUUCCCCAAUAACUCUGCAGCCAGUUACUAAUCUGGAUCUGACUCCAAGUCCUGACGUUCCUCUGGCCAUCCUCAAGAGGAAGCUGAUGGCCUCCAAUGAUAUUGGGCGUGCAAGAGGGCUGCUGAUGGAGAUCAGCACCCACCUCAAGGUCAGGGAGUUGCUGGCUGACAAUAUGCGCAAAGUGGUCACGAUUGUGACCAAUGACAAGCGCAAGACUGAGCAGGUCCUCAAUGAAAGAGCUGCCUUGUCCCAGCAUCAGUGCUACAAAGCUGCAGUGCAACACUACAAACACAACUGCUUCAACUGGAACAAACCUGAGUAUGAAUACGCUCUGAGGCAUCUAUACGCUCUGGUGAAUCUGUGCGAGAGAGGGUACCCUGCUGCCAGCAUCCUGAUGGCCAUGGACAAUGUGUGUAAGAUACAAGGGGUUUAAGUGACUCCAUUAAAGGCUCAGACGAAUCUGUUUCGUGUGAAGGACAGAGCUUCUCAUUGCACUGCUUAGGAAUCAGUCUACUAUCCAGUUGAUGUUAGUGUUUUAUUGAAACACUACAGUGUACGUCUAAAUCUAUGAACUUUUGUGAUUUUUACUGAGAAAUUGUAAAUUUGUUUUAUAAUGUGUUGCACUAUCAUGGGUGGGUUUUUUGAAAAAUGUUUUAUUGCCUCUGAUUUUAAGGACUUUUAGGAGUGAAUGAAUAGAAAUUUGUUUUGCUCUUCAGCUUUAUUUGUGGUAAAAGGCCUGACAUGAAUAGAUGAAUAAUGUUUCAUUAGCAUGUAAGGGGAAAAACCACUAAACAAUGAAUGUUUAUUUGACCUCAAGAGACUUUGUUGUAGCAAAGGGAUCUUAGAAUAAAAUCUGACAACCAAAGCUACUAGAAAUGA